AUGAAAUUACUUUCCUGGGAAGAAAGGGGUUUAUAUGUUGAUGGAGGAUUUCUCUCGAACCUUCUUUUCGCAGACGACAUCGUUCUCUUUUCGGGCAGUACCAAUGAAGCAGAAACGAUGCUCAACGAAUUGAGCGAAGCAGGGAAGAGCACAGGACUACGAAUAAACAGAAAGAAGACACAGUUCAUCAAGAACGCCCACUGCGAGGACGGAGGAGUACAACUUGAAGGCUCCCAAAUCGUGGAAACUCCGUCAUACGUAUACCUCGGACGUUCUAUGAACAUGGAAAACGACUUGAAGGAAGAGCUGAAUAGAAGAAUGAGAGCAGCAUGGGCAGCAUUCGCAGCCGUCAGGGAAGCUACGGACCAACUGACGGGCCAAGAUCUUCGUGCCCAUCUGUUCGACUCGACAGUCCUUCCAGCGCUCUGUUACGCAGCGGAGACGUGGACAGACACCGCGGCCACGUCUAGGAAGCUACUUACUACCCACAGAGCCCUUGAGAGAUAUCUCCUGAAGUUUAGCUGGCGCACACAACACCUUGCCGGCCUUCGUAGCUCCGACUUAAGAGGAAUGUCCCGUCUUCGCGACCCAGCGGAAUAUGUAUCGAAAGCAAAAUAUAGAUGA